AUGUUUCAAGAGGGUGGUAUUUUUUAUAAUGUCCAGAAUCUAUUGCAACAAGAUUAUCGCGGAGUAAACAUAGCGGUUUAUGCUCUCGCUACUGCAGGGUUAGCCGCAUCUAUACAUAAGAUCCGCCCGGUUAGCAAGUUCUCAAAAGCAAGCAAAGUUCCUGAUCAUUUCAUUCGUAAUCAUGAACCGCUGCAAGGGGUGUACGUCGGCGUACAGCAUUCACCAGUCCGUGUUCUAAUAGACCAUAGAGCUCCUAUAUAUUUACCUCUAUGGCAUUCAAGUAAACCACCACUUCCAGUUAAGCUGUGGGGAGUUGAUGUUGUAAGUGGGAAUGCCGUAAAUUGGUUGGAGUGUGUAGCAAAAGGUCACCAAGUAACUCUCAAACCUAUUAGUAGAGAUAAUGAUGACUUGGUUUCUACUGUAUUGCUGCAUUUACCGCAAUCUAAGGUCAAAUCAAUGGAAACGCUGGACAUAGGCCAAAAGCUUGUUGAAUUAGGAUUUGCUAAAGCAUCGGUGCCAGAAAAUAUUAAGAAGAAUACUAUUGAAUCCCAGUUGGCACCAGCUUUAUUGUCUGCAGAAGCUUACGCUAAAAACUACCGCCAUGGUAUUUGGUCUGACAGGCUGCCUCCAUUACCGCGACAUAUUGUGCUUUGGAGAAAAGGUUCACAGUUCACCGGACAAAUUCUGGUUCUGUCAGGAAAGAAACUAUUGCACAUCUUAGCUGUUGUUUCAAAAGGUGUUUUAAUAGGAAUGAAGACAGUAAUACUGUGGGCCUUCAGGUCAUCUCGCAAACAAGUUCAAACAACAUGA